AGUCUUCUUUGAGCAAGUACACGCCAUCAGAAAACAUCUGAUAAAGAUAUACAUUCUACUAUUUUAAUCUACAUCUUAGCUCAUUCAGAAGUUGAUUUUUAUAUUUAGUUAUUAUCGGAUUAUAAAUUGUAACCGUAAGUUCGCCUUAGUUAGCCUUGAAAGCUAAACUUUCAGAAGUUGGUUGUAAUCUGGAUUCUACCUAAAAGAAAACUAAAUUUUGAAUAAAAAUUUGUUUCAAAAUUUUGCAGAAAAAAUAUUGAUCUAUCGAAUUCAGACAUUGGCAGAGACUUCAUUAAAUAACUGCAAAAUUUGCGCCCAAUUUUGAGAUAAAAAUCUACUCUGAAGCCGCACAAUGAAAGCUCUCGUGAACAGUUUGGGAGAGAAGCGGCUGAAACUUGCGGAGAGACCUCUGCCAGCAGCUUUGGAUGGAGACGAGGUGUUGCUGAAGAUGGUAGCUAGUGGAGUGUGUGGGACUGACCUGAAGCUGGUGGAGGGCAAGAUCAGUGGGGCGAGCGAUGGGGUCAUCAUGGGCCAUGAGAGUGUGGGCGACAUUGUGGAAGUGGGUGCGAAUGUGGACUCGGCUCUCUAUCCGAUCGGGUCUCGGGUGGUGAUGCAGCCGAACAUAGUGUGUGGCAACUGUCCGAAGUGUGACAAGUACCAGGGUAUAAACGACAAUUUCUGCGACAACCACUCCGCCUAUGGAAUCAUAGUCGACGGGGGCUUGAGCGAAUACGCCAAAUUCAACAAGAGGAAUGUCCGAAGGAUCCCAGAGGAGUUCACAUCCAUCAGUUCUGCUCUGAUUGAGCCAAUCGCGUGUUUACUUCAUGGCUUCUGGCGCAUAGAAGCAGCAGUGGCUGAAGUUCGACAGCCCAAAUUCCUCGUCAUCGGAGCCGGAAUGAUCGGACUUCUCUGGUGCCGAAUCUUCCAGUGCGAAGGUUAUUCGGAUAUUUUCUGUACUGACCAGUCGGAAGAACGAAUGAAGAUAGCUGAAAACCUCGGCGUGAAAACUGUGAAAUCAUCCGACUUGAGUGGAAACAACCAUGACGAUACUUAUGAUGUAAUCAUUGACUGUACAGGUUAUGCGCCUUGUUUGACCUUGGCGGUUGAAAAAGUCGCGAAAGGGGGAACUAUUUUGGUGUUCGGCUGCUGUGCCGAGAAAGCUGUCACCGAAGUUCGUCCUUUCCAGCUUUACGAAAAAGAGGUUCGAAUUAUGGGAAGCAUAAUUUACGAAACAGAAAAGGAGUUUGAUCACGCGAUUGAGUAUGUCUGGAAAAUGGAGCAAAAAGGUCUUCUAAAUCUAGACGACUUCAAAAUUGGGAAGUAUGGCUACCAUGACGUGGAAGAAGGUUGGGAGAAGCUGAUGAAAAAAGAGAUCCCUAAACUGAUUCUGAUUCAGUGAUAAUUGAUUGUAAUAACCAAUUUGAAUCCCCAUAAUCGUCAUAUUAAACUGGUGAUGCUCGGUUUGUAAUUUUUUAUAAGUAGUUAUACAGAAUUCGGCUCGGAUAAUAAAAAAAGGUAAUCAA